GCUCAUCUCUUUCCUUCAAAAUUGUGAAAUGGAAAUAAGGAUUCAGUUUGAGAGCCCGACGUUUUUGGUUUAUUUCAAUUUUUAAUUUUGUACAAUUUUUUUAAUUAAAUUUAACGGCUGAAUGACAAAAAUCGAACAAGCGGCUCGAUCGGCUCGAGCGGUUAACCGCCUCGGCCGCUCGCCAACCGCUACAUAAAAUAAGAGCGGCUUUUAAGUUUUAAACUCUUCUGAACCAAUUUUAUAACCGGGUGACGGUUUUACCAAUCGGGCCGAACCGCUCUGCUUAGCUUUAAUAACACUAAUAAAUAGACAUUACUUUUUUUUCGCUAUUGCGUGUUUUCUCAAAACAGGCAUUUGGCCAGCGCCCCUUUCGCAAGGGAUUGGAUUUGCAAUUUCUCGCAGCUCUUUCCCCUUGACAUCACUGAAAACUUUUCUUCGAGACAACUGAGCUCCGGUCACGGCGGCCGCCAUGGACAACGGCAAGAAGCCUGUCUUCUUAACGAAAGCCGAGAGGGAGAAGUUAGCCAUCCAGCGUCGCCAAGAGGAAAACGAGCUGCAGAAGAAGCGCCAGGAACAGCUUCUCGCCGAAGCGAACAGCCUGAAGCCCGUCUCUGCCGACUCCGACCGCCGCGACCGAGAUAGAGACAGAGACAGAGAUAGAGACCGUGAAAGAGACCGUGACCGAGACCGAGACCGAGAUCGAGACCGGGAUAGGGAUAGGGAUAGAGACAGGGAAAGGGAAAGAGAAAGGGAAAGGGAGCGCGAGAGGGAUAGGGAUAGGGUUUCGUCGCGGCGAGACAGGGAGCGAGAGCGGGAAGAAGAAGCUAAAGCUCGGGAGCGAGCUCGAUUGGAGAAACUGGCUGAGCGAGAAAGGGAAAAGGAGCUCGAUUCCAUCAAAGAGCAGUAUCUCGGGUCGAAGAAACCUAAGAAGCGAGUGAUCAAGCCGAGCGAGAAGUUCCGAUUCUCGUUCGAUUGGGAGAACACGGAGGACACUUCGCGGGACAUGAAUGUUCUCUACCAGAACCCUCACGAGGCGCAGCUGUUGUUUGGCCGAGGGUUUCGCGCCGGGAUUGACCGAAGGGAACAGAAGAAGCUGGCUGCCAAGAACGAGAAGGAGAUGAGGGAUGAAAUUCGGAAGAAGGAAGGCAUCGAGGAGAAGCCGGAGGAAGCAGCUGCACAGAGGUUGAAGGAAGAAGCUGCUGAGAUGUAUGAUACUUUCGACAUGAGAGUGGAUAGGCAUUGGUCUGAGAAGAAGCUGGAAGAGAUGACCGAGAGAGAUUGGAGGAUUUUCAGAGAAGAUUUCAACAUUUCCUACAAGGGUUCCAAGAUUCCUCGCCCUAUGAGGAGCUGGAUGGAGAGCAAGCUGAGUCCAGAGCUCUUGAAAGCUGUUGAGAGAGCUGGAUACAAGAAACCUUCACCGAUUCAAAUGGCUGCCAUUCCACUUGGUAUGCGCCAGCGAGAUGUAAUCGGUAUUGCCGAGACUGGUUCUGGUAAGACGGCUGCUUUUGUUCUCCCCAUGUUGACUUACAUCUCUAGAUUGCCUCCAAUGAGUGAGGAUAAUGAAGCAGAGGGACCGUAUGCUGUUGUUAUGGCACCAACCCGUGAACUAGCUCAGCAGAUUGAGGAUGAAACAGUGAAGUUUGCUCAUUAUUUAGGUAUCAAUGUGGUUUCAAUUGUUGGUGGGCAGUCUAUAGAGGAGCAAGGGCUCAGGAUUAGGCAAGGAUGUGAAGUAGUAAUAGCAACUCCAGGUCGUUUGCUUGAUUGUCUAGAUAGGCGUUAUGCUGUCUUGAAUCAAUGCAAUUAUGUAGUUCUUGACGAAGCUGAUCGAAUGAUAGACAUGGGUUUUGAACCCCAAGUUAUGGGGGUACUCGAUGCAAUGCCUUCCAGCAACUUGAAACCUGAGAAUGAAGAUGAAGAACUUGAUGAGAAGAAAAUCUACCGUACCACUUAUAUGUUCAGUGCUACUAUGCCGCCGGCUGUUGAGCGUUUAGCCAGAAAGUAUCUCAGGAAUCCUGUUGUGGUCACAAUUGGUACAGCUGGAAAAACAACCGACUUGAUCUCCCAGCAUGUGAUGAUGGUGAAGGAAUCAGAGAAGUUCUCUAGGCUACAGAGGCUGCUCGAUGAGCUGGCAGAUAAGACAGCAAUUGUGUUUGUUAAUACAAAAAAGAAUGCAGAUUUCCUUGCCAAGAAUCUAGACAAGAAUGGGUAUCGUGUUACUACUCUGCACGGAGGGAAGUCUCAGGAGCAGAGAGAGAUUAGUCUAGAGGGUUUUAGAACAAAGAGGUACAAUGUCUUGGUUGCUACAGAUGUUGCUGGUCGUGGUAUCGAUAUUCCUGACGUGGCUCAUGUGAUCAAUUAUGACAUGCCGGGGAAUAUUGAGAUGUACACUCAUCGUAUUGGACGUACUGGGCGUGCUGGAAAGACUGGUAUUGCGACAACGUUCUUGACUUUUCAGGAUACUGAUGUGUUCUAUGACUUGAAGCAGAUGCUUGUGCAAAGUAAUAGUGCUGUGCCUCCAGAAUUGGCUAAACAUGAAGCUUCGAAGUUCAAGCCUGGGUCGAUUCCUGAUAGGCCUCCUAGAAGAAAUGACACAAUCUUUACUCACUAGACUUUGUGGUAAUUGAUUUCAUCUUGAAGUACUUUCCGUAAACUAUUUACUUCUGACAGUUCUGUGUGGAGCUCGGAAGGUUUCCUGUUUGGUGUGUUAUAUUACCUGAUUCUGGUUUGUCAUUCAAAUGAUGGAUGUCUAAAGAGUGACUUCUUCUAGACUUUUUUUUUUUUUACCAUGUUGUGCUCUAUUAUAUGCUCUCUUAUCCUGCUGCAGUUUUUUCUUGGUGUUAUCUUUGCCACGUUAUCUUUCUCUCUGUUAAGUAUGAGCUUCAUACUCUACUAAUAAUUUGCCACGUUAUCUUUCUUCUUUUUAGGUGCCGUGGCAAAUGUUGUAAGCACUCUGCUGUACCAUCUGGAGAGUCGUAAACCUCUCCUGGAGAGAAAGGAGUUUCAUUAACCGAGAAUAGCAGAGGCUUUCAUCAACCGGUAGUGGCUCGUGUUUUGAAGGUUAGACAUUUCCUUGUUGCUUGAAUGAACAGAAUACUUGCCAGAUGCAUUUUUAUGGGUUUUGUACUAGUCUUGUAGUCUUUGAUGGAGCCCAUGGGUGGUUUCUGCCAAGUGACCACCUGAGCGGGAUAGAUACGGCGAGCUAGCCAUCGAAUGUGAUUGGAAUUGGAACUGUGAGCAAACUGGUUAAUCAUAUUGUGGAAGUGGUUGAAUGCUUGAUAGAGCUUUUAGUGCUUGCUGCUGCUGAGCAUUGAUAUGUGAUAUUAAUGAUGGUGGGGCUUGUUAAUACACAUGCCUUUUAGCUCAUUACACCCGGGGGGUCUUCAAUGAAACGAAAUAGUAGACUUGUUUGUUAUUCACACUUUCAGGAUACCCCUGUUAUCUAUUCACUGUUUUCUUUUCAAACUCCACUUCUCUCCUUUUUUUUUUUACUGUUUAGGGAAGCAUGUUGGAUGGAUGAGAGUCUAAACUAGAUAUAAGCUGGAUUUGUGAUAUCAUGCUAUAGCGGGGAUCAUAUUGUAAAGUCUACACGUGCUUAAAUCUACCUGGUUUUAUUACGGAUUUACCAUGGUUCAUGUACCGUUUUUGUUAUUGUACGUGGAAUCGUGGAUUCGUUUUUGAAUCGAUUUGAUGUCCCGUACGAGAGUGACCAAGUUGGGCAUGUAAUUCCCAGAUUUGGCACUAUGAUCCCCUCACGGAUGAUAGACGAGUUUCGUGAACAAAAAAGAGUUAGUGAGUUCUACAACAGACGCAUGGGGAUAGUUGCUCUUAUCAGAAUCGUACAACUUAGUUGUAGGGACGGCUCAAAUGCUCGUCGGGCCAUACUCCCUGCUUUCCACUCCUGAGCUCUUAGCUCAAUGUUGUUCUUUGCUGUCCCCUACAGUAUACGGUGGUAUGACCAUCCGCUUCUUGUCCUUGUCAACCUCCGCCCUCUUCCAAUCCUCUGUUUCCUCUAUCCCUCACGCCGUGAUUCCACCACAAGAGAGAAUGAUCGCCAUCGUAGAGGAGUAUUACUCAUCAAGAUAAAAAUGAAAAAUUUCAUUUAUGCAACAUUUAGUUAGUGUUCAAUAUUUUGUGUCUUAAUUGGAUUUGUUUUAUGUUUGGUUUCGAACGAAUGCUCACCCCUUAGAUCAAGCUAGUGAAGAAAUUGCAUAAUAGAGACGUGUCAAAGGU